UCAUUUAGAGUGAGUGGACAGGAUGGGGAAGACGCAGCAAGAGCUGGAAAACACGAAUUAAACGUUUUGAGAAGUAUUAAAAACUACUUUUAAAGUUACCCAUGUUAUGGCUGCAGUUUACCACGGCAUGUCUUAGUGUCUUACAGAGAAGCAGCAACUUUGGCAGUACGUGUUUUUUUACUGCGAUAAGAAUUACAGCUACUUUGGGAGGAUGUCGGCCCCUAGCAACUCGCUUCAGCAGCCGAGGGUGAGACGCAGCAAUGCGGGUUCCCCCGGCUCGUUCAACAACAGCAGCUGCCGUUUGCACCCCAUCCGUGCCACCGUACCCUACCAGCUCCUUCGUGGGGGUCAGAGCAGCCCAACUCGGGCUCAGACCCUGUACGGAGGGGCGACGAACAGCCGGGGCUCAAGUCCCCCCUCCAGUCCGACACUCAGUUCAGGAAGUGCAAAUGCUAAGCAGAGACUCUCCCCCGAAAAUAAGGAAUCGUCCUAUCAACCAGACUCUCCAGUGUCCAGAGCAGAAAGGUCCAAAUUACAGGUGCGGAGUUCCAGUGCUAUCCGACGAGCAUCUUCCUUAGAUGCUAUCACAGGGCCAUACCUCACUGGCCAGUGGCCUCGGGACUCACAUGGACCCUACCCUUCCUGUAUGAAAGACAAAGCCACACAGACUCCAGGUCUCUGGAUUGACGAGGGAGCAGAACAAGGAAGUCCUCACCAGCGGUCCGCCUCCUGGGGCAGCGCAGACCACCUCAAAGAGCAGAUUGCUAAACUGAGACUACAGCUGCAGCGCAGCAAACAGGUCAGCCGGCAGAGCAAAGACAGAGAGCAGAGCUCACUGCAGCUGCCACAACAGGCGCAGCAUGGUGUUGCUGCAUGCCAACCCCAGUACAAAGGAGCUUCAACAACCUCGACAACAAUCCCUAUGACAAAAUCCUUCAUAUGCAGAGUGCCGAGCAGUGUGGAGGGCAUCAAUCAUGAGCUGGAAAAUGUGUUUAUCAGAGAGGACUGGGAGCAGGGCAUACAGGCCAUGGAUGCAGUAGAUGGCCGCCGUGCCCCCUUCCCACCGCACCGCUACAGCAACAGUGGGGAGACACGUGACACAGACACACAGGCCCCUUCAAGUGGUGAAUCUAGCCCGUCGCCUUGCCCCUGCAGCUCUGACCAUCUCCAGUCCCCUGAUGGAAGCCCCUGCUCUGCUGAGGAAAUCGACAAAGACGGUGUGUGUAGUUCUCCUCUCCCCAAGUUUGCCACUUCUCCCAAACCUAACAACAGCUAUAUGUUCAAACGGGAGCCUCCAGAGGGCUGUGAGAGGGUCAAAGUGUUUGAGGAGUUGGUGUCUGGCAAAUCAAAAGGCUUCCCACUCUUCUCGUGUCCUGACAAAAACAAGGUAAACUUCAUUCCCAGGGGCUCAGCCUUUUGCCCGGUGAAACUCCUCUGCUCGUCUUUGUUUUCCCCCGUGUCUCCCUCUUCCUGCUCCUCCAUCAACCCCGGCCUCUAUGGCAACAACAGCCCGGGGCCUCAGGUGACCCCGACUCUGGCCACGGCACCACUAGCUACCUUUGCAGCCUCCACAGACAGGAACACCGACUCGAGCAGCAGCGCAAACUCCGACAACAGCACAGAUAGCCAGAGCCCUGACACAGAUGUGGGGAAAGAUGGCUCAGCACAAGUACUCCUCACCAGCUAGUCCUCAGGUAUUCAUGACCAGACCACCUACAGUUAAAAUAUUGCAACUAGUUAGGUGGUAUGGUUCAAAAGAAGAAAGGAAAGAAAAAAAAAAAAAAAAAAGUCCUUGCACUCCGAUAAUCCUAACGUUAGCCAGCAGGGAGUGCCCAAGGUCUGGAAAUGACAAACGCCGAGCAGCGUAAUGGUACCAGCGUCCUGCUGCAUGAGCUGAUCCUAGUGUUAGCCCAGCUGUAGGUGAACUGUGAUGUUUUAAUAAGAAUACUUGAUGGUUUGGGCAUUGUUGCUGACCUUGGGCACAGCCUCUCUUCAUCCAUCACUAACCUAGCCUUCUUCUCUGUACCGCAACAACACCCAUAACAAAAAUAGCUUUGCUUUAUUUACAAAAAAAAUAGAAAUGACUGCUUAAAUUAUUGUGUUACUUAGUGUCAGCAGUUUUAUCAGGAUAAAGUUAAAGGAAAAAUCCAAAACUUUCACAAGAGUCAACUAUGAGAUAUCAGGCAAAACACAUCAUACUCACGUUAUCUAACCAGCUUAUUAGCUGUUCAGUGUUCAGCAAGCUAACAUCUGAAAUACAUUUAUGUUUUUUAUGUUUAGCAUUUUGGGAUGUCUUAUAGUUUGCCCCACAUUAGACCUGGCUCAGACGGACGCAGGCCAUGGCUCUUUCUUUACUUGUUUAUUUGAAUGUAUUUGUAGCAAAUGUCUCCAUUAAACCAGCAGUUGCUUGAGGCCCAACAGGCUUACAAGCCAAAACUUAGAUUUGCAUUCCUAGUUUGAUCACUAAUACAACUUGGUAAGCUAAACAAAAAAUGCAAAUAUCAGCUCGUUAUUCAGUGACCAAAUCACAAAGCACACAGCCCCUCACUUUCCUCUUUUUUUUUUUUCCCCACACUACCCAGAACAAUAACUCAGGUCAUGUAGAAUGUACUUGCUUGGACUAUGUUGCCUUUCCCCAGUGUUUAUGACGUUCUUCAGAAAGACAUUCCAGUCUUUUGCAGAAAUGUUCAUUUUUUUCCCUGAAGAGGGAUGUUAUUACAAACUGAAUCAACUGAUUGAUGUCACAGCUUGUGACAGAUAAGUUAACUCGUUCAGGUUAGAGUUUCAGGUGCUAUGACACAUUCCAGAGAUGGCUGUUGCAUUGGUCAAUGGAACUGGCUACAUAAGCUGCACCCUCCCACAGUUAGAAGUUGACAGUUAUGUCAUUUGUUUAACCCCUUUGUUAAAUAUAUACCAAAGCAAAUUACAAAGCGAUGAAAGGCCUGACACGGAUUCGGAACACAUGGGGCACCGUUUUUGUGCCAGAAGCAUCAUGUUUAUGUGCAUUUCAGUUUGUAUAUGAACAAUUCAGCAACAUCUAAACACCGGUUCAUUGUGUUUCAGACACAGGCUCGAUUCAUUAAAACCAAGCCUAAGCACUUAUUUGAAAAUGAAAUGAUAAUCACUAAUUUUAUUUUAGACCAAUUUGUAAGUUAAAGCAAUCAGAAAAAAGAGUGCAAUUAAUUAUUGUUUGAAGUAAAGCUACACUAAAACAUUGUGUUACACAGUUUGGCUUGAUAUACAGUUUCAACCACAUGUGGCCUAUUGUUACUUGCACAAGUUCAGUUUUCAGAACAUAUUAAAGCAGAAACAAAACGAAAGCAUGACUGAUUUAUGCCAGUUAAACUGUGAUGAGGAUAUAACUAGUAAAUGCUUCAUUCCAAACCUUUCGUCUCGUUAACCACUUGCACAAAGAAACACAAAUAUGAACAACAUUUGCUGCACAUACCACACAAAUUAAGUUGAAAUGUUCUGUUCUGCUUGCAGCUCCAGGAGUUUCAAUCAUACUAAUUCUGAUUAUAUUCACAAGCUUAUUGUGCCGUGCAGUUAAGAGAUGGUUGCCAUGUUUGGCAAUGAUGAUUCAGUUCUCCUGUGUAUUACACGUUUUUAUGUAGAUCUUGUGUGUUUUUCAAUAAAGAAAACAGAAAAUGUC